AUGGCUCUAACAAUUAAGUCCUUUAAAGAGCUUUGGACAAAAGAGUUAAUGCCUGCAUUUAAAAGCGAAAUAUUAAACGAUUUGAAGCGUGAAAUUAGAAACGAAAUUCAAAAUGUUGUGCAACGAUUUGAAACCCAAAUAGACGAGGUGAAAAAUCAGAUUCAAGGAGUUGAAACAUCGCAGUCAUUCAUCUCGGAUAAGUAUGAAAACGUGAUAGAGGUUACUCAGAGUAUAAAGAAAGAAAUGAAAACGGUUCAGAGUCAUUGUAAAGAAUCGGGAGAAAGAUUAGAGUAUUUAGAGCAAGAAGCUUCGCACAACAUGGCCGUGCUCGAUGAAGUGCAACAAUACCUCAGACGUGACUGCUUGGAGAUAACUGGCAUACCAAUUAUACCAUUAGACGACCCAAGUACUCUAGUAUUAGAAGUUUGUUCAGCAAUGGAUAUAGAAUUACAAGAUGAUGACAUAUCAAUUGCUCACAGGCUUCCUUCUACAACGAAGGUUAAAGACAGAAUUAUUGUUAAAUUUGUUAAGCGAAGCAAGCGAGACGAGGUCUACAAGUAUAGAUCAAAACUAAGAGGCAAAUCAACAGCAAAUUUACCCACAGUCAACGCCGAAAUACAGGAAGGCUCAAUUCGAAGAUCUACUAAAAUUCAUAUCAAUGAAUCGCUAACUGGUUACAGAAGAAGGCUAUUUGGGAAAGUUAACGCGUUUAAGAACACAAACAAAUACAAGUUUAUAUGGACAACCAAUGGUACAAUCCACUUACGGGAAACAGAAUCGUCUUCAAUAUAUCAUUUUAAUACAUUGGCAGAUUAUGAAAACUUUAUUAGAUCAAGUCAGCAAACUGAAGACUAUAACUGA